AUGCCUGUAUUCUUCGCCUUAUCAACUGGGGGUCCUUUCGUCCUUUCACCGUAUCCCCUCAAAAGCCCCAAACUUUUCCCAUUCCCGAGUGAUCCCUUUUUGUUUUUAAUAAACGUUACACCUACUGGAUCCAAGGCGCAUGGCAACUCUACGAGUUCAACAGAUUCGAGUGGACCAACUCUCCCCUUGAGUAAUCCUCCUACUCAUACGCAGUAUCACAACACUGCUACAUCAGCUUUAUACGAUGCAAACAAUAUUCCAAGAAAUAACUCAGUUCACAAUGGCCUCAACAAUCAACGUUCAAAUCCCACUUCAAAUAAUGUGGCAGAUAAUACAUCCAACGUUCAUCCGCCACCAGCUCCACCACCGCAAGUUGAUGGAGAGAGGAAUAUCAUAGAAUCUACAGAAAACGAGAAACCCAAGAAGAAGAAUGUUGCCACUCGAUUUUGGUUUACCGGUAAACAUAUUAUACUUUCAAGUUAUAUCAAUAUCUUGUUGGUAUUUGUACCGGUUGGUAUCGUAGCCUAUGCAAUUGACCUUAGCCCAGGUAUCAUCUUCGCGAUGAACGCAAUUGCUAUUAUACCUUUAGCAGGUUUACUCAGUCAUGCGACGGAAAGUGUGGCGAAGAGAAUGGGUGAUACUAUUGGUGCUUUGAUGAAUGUUACUUUUGGUAAUGCUGUUGAGCUUAUCAUUUUUAUGUAUGUCUACCUCAUAAGAGAUCAAGACAAGAAAAAUGAAAUUCGUAUCGUUCAAGCUUCCUUGCUCGGCUCAAUUCUAGCAAAUCUACUCUUGAUUUUAGGCAUGUGUUUCUUGGUUGGUGGACUGCGCUUCCGUGAACAGAUCUAUAAUAGUACUGUCACACAAAUGAGUGCUUGUCUUCUAAGUUUGAGCGUCAUGAGUUUAUUGCUUCCGACUGCUUUCCAUGCAUCCUUCAAUACUACGACUGCAGAAAAUAAGGCCAACACCAGAGUCUUGCAAGUCAGUCGCGGUACCAGUGUUGUCCUCCUUUUGGUGUACGCCAUGUAUCUUUUGUUUCAAUUAAAGUCACAUGCAUACAUGUAUGAAAGUACUCCUCAACAUAUUAUUGAUGAAGAAUCAGCUCCUGGCCCUGUUGCAGCUUGGAUGGACUCAUCUUCUGACGAUUCAUCCUCUUCAAGCUCUGAUUCUGAUGGCUCCAGUGGUUCCAACACUACUGCCAAACGUGUCAAGAGACUUAUCAGAGGUGGUAGACGUCGUAAGUCGAGUUCAGCAUCCAAAGAUACUGUAGACGUUGAGGCUCUUCGAACGCCCUCUUUCGGUAAUGGAAGCAUCAACCACGCAGUUGAAGGUCGUGGAUCCACUGGCGAUGAUCAUCGUACAGGUGCUAUUGAUCUAGCUGAAGAUGGUGAUGAUGAGCGUCCUAGAAGAAGUCGCAAUGGUUCAUUCACAAACUAUGUCAUGACCAGAAAGGAACAUAAGAAAGAACGCAAACUACAGAAAAAGGAAAAGAAGGCUCGUAAGAAAGCUACCAGGCAUCAGCAAACCAUCAAUGAAGGUGUUGUACCUGAUGUCGUAAAUGAGAAAGCAGCAGCGGCGGAACAAAAUGAUUCUGAUCCACGACGUGUUGAUUUUGCCAUGAUGGAAAAUUCUGAAGCUCAGCAAGAUAAUAAACGACCAUUUACUCUUCGCGGAAUUACUUCCAACAUUCGACCUCAAAUUCCAAAAACUUUCUCUCAAAAUGUCUUUACUAAUCCAGCACCUACCGGUACUCCACCACCUGGAAAUAUUCCUCGCGUUCGUAUGGGAAUUCGUCGCACAAAUUCUUUGCCCGAUCGUCUCAAUCAGACAAUGUCACACCCAGCUGGUGCUCCCGCAAAUUUAGCGCCCAUUCGAAUAACCAGCACCGCUGUGGCAGUUAAUAAGGUUCCUAUGGAUAAUGAGGAUGAAAAUAUCUCUCGUACUACAGCCAUCGUUUUACUUCUUCUCUCUACUGGUCUCGUCGCAGUUUGUGCCGAAUUCAUGGUUGACAGUAUCAAUGCUGUUGUUGCUAGUAAUUCUGGUUUGAGUGAGGCUUUUAUUGGUCUUAUCAUCUUACCUAUUGUUGGUAAUGCUGCCGAGCACGUUACUGCUGUUACGGUUGCUAGUAAGAAUAAAAUGGAUUUGGCAAUUGGUGUUGCUGUUGGUUCUUCUAUUCAAAUUGCUCUAUUCGUUACUCCCUUCAUCGUCUUACUCGGCUGGUGUAUGUCCAAAGAAAUGACAUUAUACUUCACCCUUUUCGAAACCGUCUGUCUCUUUGUCUCGGCUUUCAUUGUCAAUUUCUUGGUUCUGGAUGGAAGAUCCAAUUAUCUCGAAGGUGCACUUCUUUGCGCAGCAUAUGUGAUUAUUGCGGUAGCAGCUUUCUUCUACCCAAGUACAGAGGAUCAAAGUAAUUUGGGUGGAAAUGCUGAUGCGGCUAAGAUGAUGGUUAGAAGUUUGAUGGGAAUUUGA